CUUUCCGUCUAUAGAUUUACAUGUACUUACCUACUGCUUUUUAUGUUGAUGUUUCUUGAUGUUUGUGGAAGUCGUACCAGAUAUAACUGAGCUUGCUACCCAACUAAUUUGGACAAAAACAGUUGAAGAUUAUUUGAUGAAAAAAAAAGUGUUUCAAACCGUUUUACCUUUCUUUUAGGCGAUAUUUCAGUACCUUGUCAGCCAGGCCUGUCUCCCCAAGCUGUGUUUAACUACCUGGUGAAAAACGCUUCUAAAUACGACUUUUCUACGCUUCCCUUAAAAAAAUCCAACACCACCAAAUCCAGUCACGUGCUGCUAGGCACCGACCGAGUUCUGACGCAAGCGGGAAAUUCUCCCACGAAGACGUUCGACAUUCUCCGAGACAACAACGAGUAUGACAUCAGUUUUGUCGGGUCGCUCAAGGAUUGGAUGGAAGAUGGUGUGUUUACCAUGGAGUAUGUUGUGUUGAUGACGAGUCGGCGGGAGUUGUUUCCUAAAUUGACGCUGGAUUUAAGGCUGAGAAAGAAGUCUCCUUCGUCAAGCUCGCUGUCGACUAUGGCCGGGGCCAGAAAGGGGUCAUUACCAGAAGGAGGGGAUUCAGAACCAGGAAAAGGGUCACGUGUCAGAUUCACUCUACCUAGCAACAGCUCGGGCGGUUCCCUGGGAGCACCCAACCCUCCCUCCCCUGGGGAGUUCCACAGGUCAGCCUCCACACCCCACUCCCUGUUCACAAUGGGUUACGAGAAUAGUUCCCCGUUCUUCAACGUGGCCUCAUCGCGCUCCGACGAAAACAUCGCAGAGCAACGCAUGGAAUCACUACCAACGUUGUUGCCACUUCCGACAAACUACGAAGAAUCUUCGGUUGACGAUAGCUCCCAACGAGAAUCCAGGCUCCUCACGGAAGCUUUCCAGCGUGCACGUGAUCAUCUCAUGCGCAUAGCCUGUCGGGCCCAAACUCACUGCAGUCGAGACUUGCUGUGGCAUCGUUUGUUUGCUGGGGAGACUGAGGAGGAGGAGAAAGAUGGAACGAAGAAAGCGAGGCGGAAGAGUACUAUACGUAAAUCCAGCUCAGAAUCGAGUCUGAAACAGAGCUGGAUGAAGAGUGUUGAUUCGCUGAACCCACGAAUAGAACAGGCGCCGGCGCCUCGCCUGAGCUUUGAAGAGUUUAAACAGUUGUUAUCGAUUGUUCAAAGCAAAUCUUUAAAGAAUGAAGAUCCACAAUUGAUUCCUCUUUUGUCGAUGGGGACCUCCUGGUAUCUGAAUCUUUUCCGAGUCAUCACCGCGAAGUUCCAAGACACCCAUCGUUUAUUCAUUAGCGAAGACAGUACAGUUCACUACUUGGCAAUCCUAAAUCCUGAGAAUCCAGAUAUGUUUGUAUUGCUUUACGUGGACUAAAAUAAUGGAAGUGCAGAUAUUUUGGUUAUUUUCCGUGAGGACCUGCCAGACAACAACGGGUCUUUACUCGACAAGAAAACUCGAAGUCACGUGUACAGUGUCAUCAACGCCGUGUGUUUCCACCUUUGGUCAACUUUACUUCCGGUGUAAUAACGCUGCACGUGAUCGAAAAUACAUCACUACUUAGCGAAGAAGACGAAGCCAUCGAUUGCACUCAGGAAUUGUCACAUUGUAUCUCGCUGUCCUUUUUGGUGGGCAUUAUGAUUGGACACUCAUGGAAGCAGAUUGAGUGUCCAAUUUGUACAGGUGCCUGCUUAAAUGAUGUUCAAAAGACGAAGUGUUAGUGUCAGACCAGUUCACCACUGUAGUUUACAUCUAUGUACAUGCAGUGGUGUUGGUUAGAUUCUGUGCUAUGGUGUGAACACUGUUUGUCGUCUUGUGAAUGUUUUCUCACAUGGUGUCUGGCGAUUGCACCGUCUGUAACACCACAAAAACGCCUACUGCGUCCGCCUCCGAGAGGUGCCCGUGAGGAAAGCUUGUUCACUACAGCGAUUAAGUUUAGUCAGAAAGAGCGUUCUCUAGUCAAUAGCUAAUUUAAACGAGUCUUCUGACCGGCUCAAUACGGGAUAUGAGUUAUUACUGAAUCAGAGGGUUGUAACAAAGGUCACUGAGCGAUUUGCAAUUCCAGUUGGCCUAUUUUUAUAAUCGGCACAAUUUGCUUAAUUAAUUAAUUCGCCCGAUCAAUUUACUAAAGCGACGAUUAUUUAAUCUUAAGAGAAUUUUAAUUAUGUUCCUAGGUAGUAAUAUACACUUUUCGUUACUUUGUUAAUUGACCGCCUUAAUUCUUGUCUUUUUGUUUUUUCUUUUCAUUGAUAAUUCAUCCAGACAUUGAGGGAAACAUAUGGCCAUUGGUCAAUGGGUAUAUUUACAUCAAUGGAAACUAAAAAUAUUGGUCUAGUUUUGUCAUAAAUUACUAUAUUAGUAUAGCAAAGGGGUAAUAUUAUGAUUUAUAAUAUUAAGGACGAAGUUAUGAUAUCAAAUUGAAAAAGUCCGGCAGACCUUUCCAAUUUUGCCUUUCUUGUAAUAACUAAUUACAAUUUGCUCUCCGAUCAACAAGUUAGUUGAUAUCUUAAACUUGACAUUGUAAGAUUUUACAACCACUUUGACCAAAAGCAUUCCAAAAUCCUGGUAAAAGAGCCCCUUUAAACUAAGGGAGUGUUGCCAUCUGUGUUGUCUUUGUGGUCCUCGCCAUCUAGUUCCCCAUCUAGGUUACCCACAAGUACUAUUAAUGUACCGUCGCUGGAAAGUUUCCAGACCUUAAUUUAACUUUACGUUUGUAAGUUAAAGAAUUAUUUAACGCAUAUGUCAUGUGAAUCACAAUUGUCGAAAUCUAAUGUUCAAUUAUAUUUUAUUGCAGAUUUCGACUUUGCAGGGUGAACGAAUUGUGAAUACAUUAAUUUUGUAAUGCGUGGAAAGCUAAAUUUUAGAUAUGUAUAUAGAUUUAAAAUGACUUUUAUUUGAUAAGUUAGUGUUAAUUAAAAUAAGUAAAAUUU